UAAAUCUUUGUGCCCUGCUAGCAGUAGCACCGGUGGUUUGUGAAGACGCGCCGCCAUGGCGAUGUUGGAGUUAUGCGCCCGCGCAAGGCAUCUCAAGUCUCUACUCUCUUCGUCCUCGUCUCUUGCUCUUCUCCGUCCACACUAUGCCCUCCGCCAUGGUUCCUCCGAAGCCCUCGUUCAUCCCUGCCGUAGCCUCUCCUCCGUAUCCUCCCUCUUUCGUAUCAGUCGACGCCCCCUGCUCCUCCUCUCCCCUUUCAAUCCCCACUUUUCUUCCGCCCCUUCCGACCCCGCGGUUGACUUCCAGGAGGAUCAGAAGCCACUUGCGCCUUGCCCCGCCCAUAAAGAGCAGGAGGGCUACAUCUCGGAGAAGCAAAGCCGGUUCAUCCCUGUCAAGACUUAUUUCCUUUGCACUAGUAUUGAUUUGAGGGGCUUGCAGGCUCAGAACGCGGCCAAUGUCGUCAUGCCUUCUACCUCUCGCGCCUCGAAAUGCAUUGUUCUCCGAUACUAUGAUGUUGGAGACGAUGCUGAAGUCAUGAAGAUGGAUUUUGCAAGUGAAAGCCCUUGUCAUUAUAUGCUGGUGUUCUAUUAUGGUUCUGUCGUCUUAUUCAAUGUUUCUGACCAUGAAGCUGAUAGCUAUCUCAAGAUUGUUAAAAAACAUGCUUCAGGCUUACUUCCAGAAAUGAGAAAGGACGAUUUUGCAAUAGUCGAGAAACCAACUCUAGACACUUGGAUGCAAGGAGGACUUGAUUUUAUAGUGUUGAAGACUUUUAACCUGGAUGGCAUCCGGAUUAUAGGAAGUGUUCUUAGUCAAAGCAUUGCUUUAGAUUACUACAUCCGUCAAGUUGAUGGAAUGGUGGCAGAGUUUGCAGAAAUCAACCGUAGCAUGGAGAUGAUUGGAACUUGUACAAUGAAAAGAAAUCAACUUUUUCAGUUAGUGUGGAAAUCAAAUUCUAAUCUGACUGCUGUCAUUCUUAAACUAGGGAUUUUUGAAGGUUCAGAUAUUGCUUGGAAGAAUGCCAAUUAUGCACAGGUAUGGGAGUAUCUUCGGGAUGAAUAUGAGCUAACACAGAGAUUUGGAAAUCUUGAUUUUAAGCUAAAAUAUAUAGGGAAUAAUAUUCACUUUCUUCAGGAGAUGCUUCAGAAUCGGACAUCUGUUGGGUUGGAGUGGAUAAUCAUUUGUUUGAUCGCUUUGGAAAUUCUCAUUGCGCUUCUAUAAAACUAACAAUUUCACAUCCUGAGUAAGGCCUGAAGAAUAGUCGAUAAGGAUCUAUUUGAUUAUAGGAAAAUAAAAAUACACAUUGUACAGUUUUCCGGCAUAAAAUGAAAUGUACCUUAAAUAGUGCUAAUGGACAUUUUUUAUUUUACAAGAUCAAUGUAUCAUUCUAUUAUCUUUA